AUGGAGAACACAUUCAUUUCUGAAGAUCCUGGUUUUAUCUUACAAGAUGAUCUAUUUAGAUCAAUUGAAACCGACUUGAGUCAACCCCAGCAGGAGAAGGAAGAAAAUAUUCUUAUUCAGCUAAGUGAUGCCUCAACGAAGCCAUUGAAGGUCCUUAAAUUAGAAUAUACAAGUGAUCUUCCGGAAUAUCCAUCUACUGAUCCUAAUGGAUAUGGGUAUGUUAUAAAUGUGCCGCCGAAUCAGCAGAGGGAAACUGUAGAGGACAUGGUUAACAGUAUUCAGUACUGUGUUCGACAAAAUUAUCGCAACCGGCCUUCCAGCCAUUCUUCAUUCCUAGGAACAUCAUAUACUAGCUCCUCUUAUAGAUGUUCUGGUAUAAAGAUCUGUGAAUAUGCCGGUAUACAACUGAAAAAUAUGCAUCACACUCAUGUUACAGAUGAUUUAUGGACAAUUUUGCAAGAUAUUCGACAGCGCAUUCAUGAGAUGGAAAGAGAUACAACCAAAGAUGCUGCAUAUAGAUUUUAUCGAUCAGCAAAAAAUCUCUUUAAAAAUCAACUAUCUUGUUAUCACUUUCAGAAUUCUUGCCAGCCUAAGUUAACCCAAAGCUCCAUUCCGAAUCCUCUAGGUGGUUUCGAUUUCUAUGUUAGAUGCAUCAAUGCACCAUCAGACCCUGCAGGUCAUUAUACCUAUAGAGUUCCAAAGAAUGGCUCAGUGCACCUUCAGUUUCUUGAGGGAUUGUUGAAUAAUGAAAUUAUUAUGGAUAUGGAAGAGUGCGGUGCUGUUGAAUCAAUCAAGUCAAAGUCACUGUAUUGUGCAUAUGAUCAUCCUCAGGGACCUGGAAAAUUAGUACAUGCUAAAUGUAAUGUGACUUUCCAUUGGUUAAUUCCCACUGAUUUAAGUCAAAAUCCAUAUUUUGUCUUUAUGUCUCAUGGUGUUCAUACACAUGUUCCUCCACCUCCACGAAAGGCACCUGCAAAAAUUAUGAAUGGAAUUCUGCAAUUGAUAAAUCAGGCUCGGAGCCCAAGCUUGACACUGGGUACAUUUCUUAAAAGUCCAGCAUUACAAUCAUUCUGUGCUGAGCAUAAUUGCCAUACAAUUCAGCAAAUUCAUGAGAGUUUCUCAAAUAUGGACCCAAUUCAAGCUGUCAUUCGAAAACAAAGACUUCUCCAUUAUCCAGCUGGUCAGAAUGUCAAUGGUGUAAUGUUCGAAUUAGGAAAGAACAAAGAUCUUCAGGUAAGUACUUCAUAA